UUUCAAACAAUCAGCAAAGUUCAGUCAAUAUCGCUGGACAACCUGUGAGAUGUUUCAUCACUCCACUCUGCUGAGCUGCACACUUUUUUUUUUCUCCACUCACUUUCACUAAAUGUGAUGCUACUACAAAACAGCCCAGCCAACUUUGCAACUGCAUUUCUUCACACUUAGUUCAAACAUUAACGGGGGCAUGGGGAAGGCUAGAACUAUCCUGUAGUAGCUGGUAUUUCAUGUGGAAUAUUAAAAUCACUGACAAUGUUCCCGUAUGUGUUGACAAAAACUCAAAGGAGAACCAAAAGUUACUUUCCACUGGCUGUUCAGAAUGUACGGUAGUAUGCAUGUUGGCAACCCUCCUUCAGGGCCUCUGAAGGACUUCCAGUGUUUGGGGCAUCAUAAGAGAAAGCAUGGGGCACAAACUGCGUAACUUAAGAUGCGUGCAUAGCAGAUCUGUGGAUAGGGUAUAGGUAGGUUCAUGUCCUGCAGGUACUACAAAUGUCUCUAGUUUUGAGUGUUUGAGUAUUGAUAAUAGGAGUGCACCAUUUUGAAGUACUGUGACAGAAAAAGGACACGGCACUGGUGAUAGCGCUGUUUAGACCAAUCUGGGCAACUAAGCAGAGCAGCCACUGAGUUUUACAUCGGCUGCAUUUGCUGGCACACAAUUUGCAGUGUCUUUGCUUGUAACCAGACUUGCUUCCCAAAGAUGAUGGGGGGUCUGAGCCCUCAUUUGUCUAUUGCUACUGUGCAAACUGAGCUCAGACAGUGACAUCAGCAGGUAUUGCUUCACUAUGCUGUAUCACUCCUGUUUUUGGUGAGCCUGGAAGAUGCCCGAGAAGGAUCAGGAGCAGUGGAUCGUUAGCCACGGUCUGGUAAAGGUGCUGAAUAAGGGUAGCUUUGUCUUACAAAUGUGCUGCUCUUUAAAGUUGAAAACUGCACUUUAGACAACCUCUACACUGUAACAGUGAAAAAGGCACAGUUCAGAGAGCCAAACAAGUGGAUUUGUCCCUAUGCUCCUGCUAUCAAGUGGGGAAUGGUACCGAAAACACUUAUUUGCUGGCUAAUUAUUGAAACAAAUACUUCUACUUCUAGCGGAACGCAGAAUAAGCAACUCCCAGACUCAGCUACGCAGUCAAACUGGCCCGAUGGCAUGCUGCAGCCAAUCCCAGCUCAGCGUCUGGAUGAAAUAAAGACCUUGCUGGGGGAGCAGUUUUUUUGUGCAGUAUACUCAGAGGUGCAUAGCGUAAUGUCCAUGCUGUACUACACUCUGAUUAUAGCUUUUUUGAUCGGCACACAGGCAGCUCCAAAGUCAGAGGACAAUGCUCCACUGGAGUAUCCUGCAGAACAGUCCCUGCUCAAUACCCACCGGAGUAACAGACACCACAUUCCCAAGGCAGCUCCACAGACAUCCCACGGCCACUCUACUUGGACGAUAGGUAGAAGAGAAGCUAUAAAUAUCACCGUGGACCCCAAAUUCUUUAAGAAGAGACAUUUCCGGUCUCCCCGGGUGCUGUUCAGCACACAGCCCCCCCCAGUGUCAGGGCAAGGACAGAAUACGGGAUUUCUCAGCAGUGCAGGUUCUCUCAACAGGACUGCCAGGACCAAGAGGACCGCGCAUCCCGUAUUACACCGGGGAGAGUUCUCAGUGUGUGACAGCGUCAGCAUGUGGGUUGGGGCCAAAACCACAGCCACUGACAUUAAAGGAAAAGAGGUGACAGUAUUGGGAGAGGUCAACAUUAACAACAACAUUUUUAAGCAGUACUUUUUUGAGACCAAGUGCAGGGACCCUAAGCCAGUCUCCAGUGGGUGCCGAGGGAUCGAUGCAAAGCACUGGAACUCUUACUGCACCACAACACACACCUUUGUCAAAGCGCUGACAAUGGAGGGCAAGCAAGCAGCCUGGCGAUUUAUUCGAAUUGACACAGCCUGUGUGUGUGUGAAAAAAAAGAUGGAUCUAAACCCCGUGACAACACCCUCCUACCCCCCUACCUCAGUCUGUAAAUUAUUUUAA